AUGGUGCAGGAGACCGGCCUCCCGCCAUUCGACCUCACAGCACUAGAAAUGCAAGUACCUAAUCUGCACCGCUCCUAUUCCAAUGACAGCUCCCUGUCUUCUACACCUCUCGGAUCACCUCUAGGCACCGGCUUUCCAGACAUGUAUCCUCCUCCACAGCAAGACACCAUGAACCUUCCCCGAUCAGUGCCGUACGAUAUGCAGAACGGCAACGUACCUCAGACCUUCGCACAAGGUGGUAUUCAGUUUCCAGCCUCGUGGCAGAUACCCACAUCAGACCUCCUUCAGCUGAGCGCCCCGUCCUCGGCCUCAGGUUACAUGUCUAUCAAUGAUUUAGCACAACAAAUCUUCCAGGAGCCGUUACCUAUGACCAACACACCCACAAGUGCUUCGAUCCAGGCACCGACGUCUGCACCGAGCAGCACAGGCCGGCCACUACAACCAAGCCCACCGCAAUUAGAUACCCUCUCGCACCGGCCACCCUCUAUAGAUGCUAUCAUGUCCUCCACAAAUACUCCACAAUCGCCGCCGCCUACCUCAACCGCUGCCAGCUCUCCUAUGCCAGCUCUCGGUCCUAAAUACUUAUAUCGGUCGGACUCGGCACCAUACCCAGUAGAGCCGCGACUCAUUAGUCUAGCGGCUGAAGUCGGCAUGUCUGCGUUGCUGCUCUCUCAAUGCAUGAAGCAGUAUUUCCGGCAUGUCUACUCAAUACGACCAUUCAUUCAUGAGCCAUCCUUCAUUGCACGGUUGUCCAAAGCAGAGGAGCUUUCUAUGGAGGAGAAGGUCUUGAUCCUGUCGCUAUGUUCUGUCACCGUGCUUCAUGAUUCUCCUGAAGUCGACCUGUCCCUCGAAAAACGACAUCAGCUGGGACGGCAGUUCCUCGAACUUGCCAUUCAGAUGCGGAAGAACUACGACUGGAUUGAGCAUGGUACAUUAGCCGCCAUUCAGACCAGCUACCAUAUCUGUGUUGCCCUAUUCGAACUGAAAAAGCCAAGAUCGCAUUACUUUUAUCUUCGGGAAGCAGUCGGCAUGGCUUACGACCAAGGUCUUCAUCACGAAGCUACAUACAUCGGUAUGAACCCAAUUCAGGCAAUAUGUGCGCGUCGGACGUUUGCCAUCCUCUUCGUAACAGAACGGGGUCUCGCAAUCCUAAGAAAUAAACCUGCCACGAUCACGAAACUGCCAGUCGUGCCAUCUGAGUUCUUUGACGAGCAAGAUAGCCGUGUGCUUGCAGGCUUCACGGCUUUGGCGAGUCUCUUUGCGAUCCUAGACGAAAAGUUUAUUGAUCUAUGGCGCUCAGACUCCACGUCAACUGCUCCGUACGAAAAUAUCGCAGGUCUGCAGCAUUCGCUCAAUGAGUUUUACGCCGAUAUCGACGCCCUGACCGAAGUCCAGAAGGCCGACGUGCUCAUCACACAUCAAUGGCUUCGGCUAAUCUUCUGGCAAGCAUCUAUGAGGCAGGGACUUGUGUCCUCAGAUGCAACCGACCAAGUAUUCUACUACAACUAUCCCAUCAUCAUCGCAAAAGACAUGUGCAGAGUCCUGAACCAAGUACAAUACGAGGCCAUUGUGGUUCAUGGCUUGGGCAUCUUUGAAAAGAUCUUCGAGAUCGCCUAUACAUUGAUGGACGCAUUGACACUUGCCAACCUGCAGUGGAGUGAAAGCGAAGAGCUUAGGAUGCUUUUCGGAUGCCUGGCGGCGAGUCCGAACAGCGAAAACACGUAUGUUAAGAUGCUGGAAACCAAGGUCGAUACUGUCGCUUCCCGACAGAGUCCGGUGACGACGAGCCCACGGAGUAGUGCAGGUGGGCUAUAG